AACACCAAUGUUGAAAGGAAAAGAGAUUUGUAAUCCUUGGUAAAACUGAAGCCAAAGCUAGAACUUAGAAGUUACAAUAAUGGUGGGGUGCGAGUCAGAUUAACAAAAGCCUAUCCCUAGUAUGCAAAGAAUCCAGUCAUCGCAUUCAAGAAAUACCCGGCUAAUAAGCGGACGAGAAGUCUUGAAUCUAAAUGUCUGAUGUAAUAGAGCGAAAAAUGAACAAAGUUCUCCCCAUUCACAUUAGAGAACUGUUGUACUCUUGUGAAGAUGAUGGUUCGAAAACAAGAAAGGUUUUUUCACCCUUAGGCUUUGCAGAUCCUGCAGUGCUGCAUUUUCAUUUGACACAGAACGUUGGGGCACCACCAUGGGAGAAAGACAACAAGGUCACAAAGAAGUCGUCAACUACAACAAUGAAGACAGUUUUCUACAGAGUCAAGAAAACUUCAGUCAGCGAGACUCUUGACGGAGACCUACACAAAUAUUUGGAGUUUGACCAGAUCAUAGCUGCGAGUCCUUAUAAAAAGAUUGAGUUCAGAGAUGUGGUUCACAUCUCCUUGGACUCAACACCCAACUGGGUUCUGAUCAGACUAGAGAAAGCCAGUAGAGCCUUUAGGUUUGAACUGCCCUAUAUCAAGAAGCUACUAGAACCAAUGACACCUCUCCAGUACCUGGCCACUUACACACGACUACAGAGCGAACAGCUUCGGCGAUACCAGGAGAUAUUCAAGAAGUCUAAAGCGAAAUAUUUAGACUACAUUGAGUUCAAGACCUUACAUUCAUCCCUAAAUUCAAUGUUUGGCGGCUUAUUAAGUGAUGCCAACUUCAACAUUCUCAAAGUUUGCCUUUUUAUCAGCGAGGAUUCUUUGAUGGAUUUGAGUACUUUUGUAGGUCUGUGCGCAUUCACAGAUAGAUUGUUUUGGACUUGUUAUUUAGGCAGUGAGUACAACACCUUCCUAACCUGGUCCCCAAACAGAAGCGCUCUGGAGUGUGUAGACUUUGAGUAUCUGGACAGAAAACUGAAAGACGUGAAGCUGUCCAAGGAGUUGUAUGUUCUGCUUCAUUCACUGGCGUAGCUUCAGAGCGUCAAGACAAUAAUGUGUUGAAGACAAAGGAAAUCUGUGAAUUAAGUCAGAAAUAUUUGCUAUGACUUGAACACUAAACAUUGAAUUGGAAAGAAAAAGCUCAUGGAUUUUGAAACGAAGAAAAGUGGUAUGACUUGACUGAAUGACAGCAUGACUUUAAGACAACACAAUUCUAAAACUUGAAAACAUAACAUUUUGACUUGAAGACAUAACAGUUUGACUUGAAAACAUAACAUUUUGACUUGCAGACAUAAAUUUGACUGUAAAACUCGAGUUUGACUGCAAAACUCAAGUUUGACUUAAAGACAUAACAGUUUGACUGCAAAACCUAAGUUUGACUUGCAGACAUAGCAGCUGGACUUGUAAACAUAACAGUUUGACUUGCACUACUCUUGACUUGAACUUUAUUUGAUUUAAAAUUGGUUGUUGAAAAGUUGUUUGACUUGAAAUAUGUUUAAUUUGAACUUUGUUGAACUUGACCUUAUGAAAGUCGGGCAGACGUCAUGCUAACACGACCUUGUUAUUUCCUUGUAGAUAAUGUCAUGUAUUAGCACCCACCACUGGAGGCACCAUUUCAAUUCCCUGCCCCAAUGGUUUAGGCUUCGUUAAUACACUGCAACAUUUGACAAAGUAAGAGACAAAAGAAAAAGACAGGCAAGCCUACAAAGGUUUGCAAACAAUAUUGAAGAAUGUCUAAUAUUUGUAUGAUAUGGAAUAUCACCGCUGAAAAAAAUAUUCAAUUCAUAUCUUGUAGAUGACAUAAAUCGAGUCAUCUUUUUUAAAGACUAGCCCAUCCGGGCGAAUAGAGAGUGAUCUUGACAUAUGCUAACUAAAGCCUCCAUUUGACAUUAUACAUCUAUCUAUCUAUACAUGUGACAUUUAUGGGCGUAUAAAUUAUUUGAAGCUAAUAAUUUGUACAUGUUACCUUCUUUCUGAACACACAAGUAUGUCUUUUUCUUAGGUAAUUAUAGGUCACACUUUUUAGGUAACUUUUUUUAAGAGUAUAUGUACUACUAGACGACUUGUUAGAUUCAAGAAAUAGAUAAUCAAUGUUUUAAAACUAUUGGUCUUGUAAAUAUGUUCUGUCUGUACAGUAAUAAGUACCAAUGUAGAUCUAGGCGUCUGAUCGUGACAUUAUGAGUUUAUUCAGUUGUUGUAUACUUGAGGUUUUUUUUAUUUACAAAUAUAUGUUUUUUAGAAUAUAUUUACACUUAAGAAAUAAACUUUAUAAUUAGUAAUGUA